AAAAAAAAUAAAAACAGUGCCCAGGGUACAGAAAAGUCUUAAUCCGGCCCUGGUUAGAGAAACUCUGCUCCUCCAAAAGAGAUCGCCAAGCUGAAGUCAAACUGGAGAGACAGUGUUCAAGUUUAAAAUAUCACGUGGAAGAGAGAGAGAGAGAUCGGAAACGGAUUUAAAAGCUGGCAUUUUUUUAAUCGUCUCUGCUUGAGAAGGCGAGUCUCAAAGUUGUUUCAGAAUGGGCAGUCUUUCGUCAGAUGCGUUCGGACAGCUGCAGCAUCGGGUCAUGGAGAGGUGUCCUUAAUUUUACCAACUGAUGUGCGCGGAGGUGUCACCUCUUGUUACACCGGAGAAAGCUCUUUUGUCAGGUUUUUGCCAGCGGGAUAGCGAUCCUCGACCCAGCGCCAAGACUUCAACCAUCUGCUGCGCAAGAACCCGCAGGGGGCCGUGAGAGCAGCGCGCCCGCGUGGGCUUUGUACGCAUCCCCCGACAAGAUGAACAUCCAGGUUCUGCCAGAACACAAGCUCUCGUCGGUCGCCCCGCUGAAGCAGUGCAAUGUGGAGAAGAAAGAAGUAGAACUGAUACUGGUGAAGGACCAGAAUGGUGUCCAGUACACCAGUUCCACCAUCAUCCCCACCCCUGCUCGGUGCGCGGCUCCGCGCGGAACCUCCUCCGACAUCGACAGAGAAACUUGGGGCAAGAAAAUAGACUUUCUGUUGUCAGUCAUUGGCUUCGCGGUGGAUCUGGCCAACGUUUGGAGAUUUCCUUACUUGUGCUACAAAAAUGGAGGAGGUGCCUUUUUGAUCCCCUAUAUUCUUUUCUUGGUAAUUGCGGGGAUGCCAUUGUUCUAUAUGGAACUCGCCUUGGGCCAGUACAACAGAGAAGGGGCGGCAACAGUUUGGAAAAUAUGUCCUGUCUUUAAAGGUGUGGGCUACACUGUGAUCGUCAUAGCCCUUUAUGUUGGCUUCUACUACAACGUGAUCAUAGCCUGGUCACUCUACUACCUGUACUCCUCCAUGACCGCUGAGCUGCCGUGGCUCAAAUGUGACAACAAGUGGAACAGUGAGAACUGCACCAAUCCGAAUAACAUCAACGGCACCGUCAUUGGCGAUAACACAUCUUAUGCCAAGUACAAAUUCACCCCAGCGGCAGAGUACUACGAACGAGGUGUGUUGCAUCUCCAUGAAAGUAAAGGUAUCCACGACCUGGGUCUGCCUCGCUGGGAACUAACGUUGUGCUUGGUUGUGGUGGUCUUCAUUCUCUAUUUCAGCCUAUGGAAAGGUGUCAAGUCUUCAGGGAAGGUGGUGUACAUCACAGCUACAAUGCCAUAUGUUGUGCUGUUCGUGUUGCUCAUUCGAGGCAUAACGUUACCAGGGGCCUUGGAUGGCAUCAAGGCCUACCUUCACAUUGAUUUUGCACGACUCAACAAUCUGCAGGUUUGGAUUGAUGCUGCCACACAAAUAUUCUAUUCAUUGGGAGCUGGAUUUGGUGUGCUCAUCGCCUUUGCCAGCUAUAACAAGUUUGACAACAACUGCUACAGGGAUGCCAUCUUGACCAGCACUGUGAAUUGCAUCACAAGUUUCGUCUCAGGGUUUGCCAUCUUUUCCGUGCUGGGAUACAUGGCUCAAAAACACCAAGUAGACAUAGAUAAGGUGGCAACAGACGGGGCGGGUUUGGUGUUUAUCAUUUACCCUGAGGCAAUUUCUACACUUCCUGGCUCAACAUUUUGGGCCAUUGUGUUCUUCAUUAUGUUGCUGACUUUGGGCAUCGACAGCUCGAUGGGUGGCAUGGAGGCAGUGAUCACAGGCCUUGCAGAUGACUUUAAGAUUCUCAAGAGGAACAGAAAGCUAUUUACCUUCGCCACAGCUUUUGGAACCUUCCUCUUUGCCCUCCUCUGCGUCACCAAUGGUGGAAUCUAUGUUUUGACUUUGUUAGAUAAGUAUGCAGCUGGGACUUCUAUACUUUUCGGUGUGCUGAUUGAGGCCAUUGGAGUGUCAUGGUUCUAUGGUGUGGACCGCUUUAGUGAAGAUAUUGAGCGAAUGAUGGGCUUUAAGCCAGGACUGUACUGGAGGCUCUGCUGGAAAUUUGUCAGCCCCAUUUUUCUUCUGUUCGUGGUGAUAGCCAGUACUUUGACUUCAACUGGGCUGAAGUAUGAUGAAUAUGUUUUCCCUGAGUGGGCCAACCAUUUGGGCUGGGCUGUGGCCAUGUCCUCAAUGCUGUUUGUUCCCUUCUACGCCAUAUAUAAGUUCUUCAGUGUGCGAGGAACAUUCAAAGAGAGAAUAGCCUACUGCAUCACUCCAGAACAUGAGCAUCACAAAGUAGCAGAAGGAAAUGUACGGCAGUUCAAACUCAGGCACUGGUUGACCAUUUGAUAAGAGAAGCCCAGAUCGCCGUGAUCCAUCAUCUGGAUUUCCUUUUGUGCCACCAGUAAUCGAACAGACAAGGAGAGCUGCAGGCUCCUGCUGCUCUUAGCAGCCUUUGUCCUCAACAGUGGGAUCAAGCACUUUGAUUUGUUAACUAAUCUACUUCUUAAGCUCAAGCAGGAAACCCUAUGGACAUCAACAUGUUUGUUUUUUUUAAUCAUAAAUUUGCUCAUAACAUGCUGAGAUUGUGCAGCUAUAACCUCUUGGAAGAAAUAUAAACUACAGUUAGCAUCUGAAAAUGUCUCAAUAUUUCUGUAUAGAGACCAAAACAUGAAUCUAAGAGGGAGUUUUUUUUUUUUUCUUAAAUUGAAUAUUAGCAAAAUAAAAUGGUCUGUUAUUUUAGCACAAUUGCUUCUAUCUGCUAGUGCCUUAUUAAGUGAUACAGUCCAUGUUUCCCACAGUUCACACAAAAAAUGAAUAAACUGUGUUGACUCAGGAACCCAGAAAAAAAAAAAAUCAAUAGAUUGUGAAAGAAGAUCUCUUAAUUUGACAAUACUGUCAAGUGUGAGUUAUUUGGCCAAAAAACAAACAAACAAAAAAAAAACAGAUAUUGGAUGUUUUUCUGUCACUUUUUUUGUUUUUGUGCCUCAUUCUUUUUUCUGGAUUACAGAAAAGGGAAUAUUGCAUAGAUGUUAUCAAAACUCUUAAAGCACUGUUACAAGCUUUGUGAAUUUUAGUGCUUUUGAAAGCGGGGCUUGCUGCCAAGCUUUAGCUUUAAGGAAACCUAACACAGAGCUUGAUCAGUGCCCAGCUGCUCACUUUAGGCAAGGAGGGAGGAGUUACACCAAAAAAAAUGGCAUUACUGUUACAGAUCAUUUUAUAUUAAUGUUUGAUUUUGUGUCUAUUGAAUCCUCUAUGGAAUCUGUGUGACUUUUUCUUCAGACAUAAAAAGAGAAAGGAAGGAGAGUUUGUGAGUAUGUGUGUGUGUAUAUGACUUAUGAACGUUUGCUGUUGGUGUUCAGAAGACAGACGACUGAAAACUGAAAUGGACUGCUUUUAGUGUACUGUAUGAUAACUACAUAGUAACUUUUAUUUUUCAUUUAAAACAAAAAAAUGUUUUACAUCACCAUUAAAGUGCCAAUUUUUUCUGUUUUCAAAUUGCCCUUUUAUCUAAAGAAAUAUGGUUUAAAAUUACUUUGAAUCAAACAGAACACUCCUGCUAAAAAAAAAAAAAAGAAAAAUAUAUUUGUUCAAUAUAUAAAAAGACAUAAAAAUAUAUAAAUAUAUUCUUUUGGUAUAAAUAUAUUCUUUUGUUAUAUCUCAUGUUGUAUUUAUCAAGCUGUUCAUAGCACAUCGUGAAUUGAAAGUAUUUCAAAUGUAUCUGUCCAGAAUUAUAACAAGUUGUCUGAUGUAUAGCUCAAACGAUCGACUUAAAAAGAGAAUAUUCCUCAGUGUAACCCUGGGCUACUUUGUCUUGUAUGAAUGUGAACAAAAUACACCCUGGCUCUCAUCAACCAUGUUUACAGAUAUACUGAAUACAAUAAAAAUGUCCUGUUGAACGUGAGUGACAGCUGUCUAUGACGUCUAAAGUAUACACAAAUAAAAAAUUUCUUCUACACAA